AUGGGCAACUCCUCUGGGAAGGAGGAGGGAGGAGAAGAAGAAGAGGAGGGGGGCAAGGAAGGCGAGGAGACAGAAGUCAAGGAGAAAAAGAAGGAGCAGGAGGUGGAGGUCGAGGACGAGCUCCCGAUGGGGGUAGAGGAGUUGCUGGAGAGCGACGACCCCGUGCUGGACUUGAGCUACCGUAAAUUCAAGCGCCUGCCGUCACGUGUGUGUGAACUGAUGCACCUGGAGAAGCUGUACGCUUGUGGAAACCGCCUGCGCACUCUGCCGGAGGGCACCUCCCAGUUGCAGGGUCUCCGGAUACUUGCCCUCGACUUCAACAAGAUGGAGGACGUUCCUCCGCCUGUCUUUCAGCUUACUAGACUCACUCGCCUCUACCUGGGCAGCAACCGGCUGAUGACCCUCCCGCCUGAGAUGAAGAACCUGCAGAGUCUGCGCUGCCUGUGGGUGGAGAGCAACUACUUCCAGACGUUUCCACGGGAGCUCUACGACCUACCCAACCUCAAGUCCCUUCAGAUCGGGGACAACCGGAUGAAGACGUUGCCUUCUGACCUGUGGCGUAUGGAGGCUCUGCGGGGAUUAUGGCUCUAUGGGAACCGCUUUGAUACCUUUCCAAAAGUCCUGCUGCGCAUGGAGAACCUGGAGAUCUUGGACCUCGACCGCAACAAGAUAACAGAGUUUCCCAGCCUUAAGCGUCUCAAAUCCCUGCGCCUGUUCUCCUACGACCACAACCCGGUCAAGGAACCUCCCAGAGUGGGUGUGGAAGUGCUGGUAGUGGGGGAAGGGGCCGCAGAGUUCUUAGAGGAACGCGAAGCCAGGAUUGAGAGGCUACGAAAGGCCGCAGAGGAGGCGGCAGAGGAAUUAGCUCUGGCGGGUGAGGAGCCUGUGAUUCAUGGCAUCCUGAAGAACAGCAGCUCGAAACAAGCCCCAACUGACGCUGCUGCCGUGGAGGAUGCAGAUGUUCAAGAGGGAGAGCCGAUGGUUGAGGAGGAGGAGCUGGAGAAGGGGGAAGGGGAGCUGGCGUUUCUGGAGUACGAUGCAGCCGAGCUUGAAUAUGACGAAGAGGGUGUUGAAUACGAGACAGAGGAACUUAUAUGUGAAGGAGAUGGGUUUGAAUAUGAGGGAGAGGAGCUGGAGUACGACAGGGUUAACAUGGACUAUGAGUAUGAGGAAGAGGAGACGAGAUGA